CAGUGUUCGGUUCUACAGCGUAGUACUUCGUGCUAUCCCUCACAAAAGAGUCAGCUCAGUUCAGCGGGAAGAGGAGAACGUCGCCAGCCUCUGAUCCGCGCUCUUCAACAUGUCUGACUACAGCGACGACUCGACGGAGAUCGAACAGAUCAGGAUACAUGAGCGCAGGCGUGAUCGGUCCCCGCUCCCCCGGGGCCCGCCUUCGCCGCAUCGCGGCCCUCCUCCGCAUUAUAUUCAGACUGUGGUGAGGGACGUGCGGGAUCCCCGCGGUCCCACUGGCUACUACCACCCGCCCGGCCCCUACCGCCGGCCUGACGAGCGGACAACUACCAUUGUCGCCCGCUCCCGGUCGAGAGAGCGCCGGUCCCCUCCGGUCCGCGGGGGCCCGCCACCGCCGCCUCCUCCUCCUGCUGCCCAGGUGGUCAUCAACCAACCGAUGGUCGACCGGCGCCCCAUAAGGCGCGACUCGGAUUCCUCGUCGGACGACUCAUCCUAUGCCUCCUCGUCUCGCCACCACCGUGCCCGCCACAGACGCAGGUCGCGGAGCCGUGCCCGCAGUCGGUCCUCGAGCUCGCACAGCUACCUCGAUGACGCCAGGGAGAGGUGGAGGCUCCAGCAGCUCGAGGAGCAGCUCGCCGCGGUCCGUCUGGAGAACCAGAAGCGGGAGGAGCGGCUCGCUCUGGAGAGGUUCAACAAGGAACACGCCGAGCUCGAGCACGCCAGGAUGGAGCUCGAGAUCCGCCAGCGCAGGGAGGAAGAAGAGCUCCGCAACGACAGGUUCAGGGACGAGUACGAGCUUGCGCACCUCAAGCGCGAAAUCGCCCGCAUCAAGCGCCAGGAGGAGGAGCUGAAGGCCGAGCACGCGCGCCAGGAGCAGGCCAGGCUGGCCAGGGACAGCGAGGAACUGGCGCGCAUGAAGCGCCGGGAGGAAGAGCGCCGGCGCGAGAAGCAGGCCGAGGAAGAGGCUGAGUACCAAAGGAACAAGGCCGAGCUGGAGCGCCGGAUCAAGGCCGAGGAAGAGGCGCGCCGGGACAAGGCGCUCGAGGAGGAGUCCAAGGCCAAGGCGGCCCUCGCCGAGCUCGAGAGGAUCCACGCGGAGAGGAAGCGGAAGGAAGAGGAAGAGCGCAUCCUGCGCGAGGUCGAGCUCAAGAGGCUCGAGGCCGAGAAGAAGGCCGAGGAGGAGCGCAAGCGCAAGGAGAAGGAGGCCGAGGAAAUCAUCGCGGCCUACAAGGCCAAGGAGGCCGAGCGCAUCGAGAAGGAGAAGGCCGCGGCCGAGGCGGCCGAGAAGGAGUUCCAGCGCCGCCUGCAGGAGCAGCUGAUCAACUCGGGGCUCGACGAGAAGGCCAUCGAGGCCAUCAUGAAGAAGGAGAAGAUCAAGAAGGACAAGAAGGAAGAGGAGGAGAACCAAGUGGCCCGUCCGACCUACACGCGCAUGUCCCUCCGCCACCUCGACAUCGAGACGCUCAAGUACUACAAGAUCGACUGGGAGCCCGAUCUGCAUGAUUCCACCUACGUGCUGAUCAAGCGCUGGGUGCCCGAGUGGGAGCAGAACAUGCUCUGGGAGCACACGCGCAAGCUGCGGCUCGAGCGGCGCGGCGAGGAGAAGAUCAUGCUCGAGGUCAAGAACGACCGCCGCCACCACCGGCACCGCUCCGGCGACUUCGAGUUCGUCCGCCCCAAGCGCCACCGCAGCAGGUCGCCCGGCCUGCUGAUGUACCUUGCCGGCGGCCGCCCGUGAGUGAUCGCUUCGCGGGGUGUCACCGUGUUGCCCACGCUUCCCUGCGAUGGAUGCUACGCCUUUUUUUCGUGUGUCCCGGGCCGCAUAUGAGUCUCUUCGCUUGGUGGACGCUUUGUCGUCCUCUGCCGUGUGGUAAAGAGGCGGGCGGGGCUUGCAAGGCUGGGUGAAGAGAAAGGGAGUACGAGGUUGCUGAAUGGGAAGAAAAAAGGGGAAGGGGUCAUGAGCAUGACGGGAACGAGAAGCAUGAGCCAUGAUUUGAUUUGUGCACGUUUUUUUCCCCCUGUUUCUGCGCGAGUUGAGAUUUUC